AUGACGGGCUUAUUUCUCCCUCAAUCUCGCAUCCAACUUGCGAACUUGCUUCGAGUUACUACAGUCGCUCGGCCUAGGACGAUGGGGAUGCCAUCUGCAAAUACGAAGCGUGUCCAUCCAUCCAGCAAGCACGUCUCCGUCAAGGUUACCCCUGAUUCGGGUAAAAAAAUUCGGGUGGGUUCUGAGAGGUUCAUCGGGGAACCACUCGGUUUGCCAGUUCAGGGCGGUUUUGGCCCAGAUGACUGCUGUGUUGUCUGCAGAAAACUUGUGUGGGGCAUGAGUUCAAGGACUUGGCUUGCCCGCGACAAAACAAACAACUCUUGUGUCGCUAUCAAGGUACUCACUGGCACAGCGACUGAUCUGGUCCGACAACGCAUCAUUCGGGAGACCGAAACCCUCUAUCAAGUUUCGUCCCCAUCGAGCCCACACUGUCUUAAACUCCUGUCUGACUUCACGAAUCCUGGUAAAGGCAGUUCAGGGGAACACGUCUGCUCGAACUUCAUUGCCUCUCCCCCCUUGCCAAACGUGUCCUUCUACACACUAUGUGGAAUCGCCCAUGCGCACAGCCGCGGUGUACUCCACACUGAUUUAAGACCUGAAAACAUCUUCUUCGAUACACGCAUGUCUGGUUCUGACUUUGACAAGUUACUUGAGUCCCACCCGUCUCGCCGACACUCUCCGGAAGAAUCUUAUGAUGGGAUGAUGCAGGCUGCAGUGUCGCAGCCACUUCCGGUACCUACUCUGCAGGAAGCCAUGCAGAGGACGUUCGUUCUCACCGAUUUUGGCAAUGGCAAGUCCGUUGCGAUGAUUCUACUUCCUUCUGCCGAGCUCUUCUACAGCCCAGCCUAG